CCCUCUCAUCUUCAUUGCUGUCAUCGUCAGGACCUUACACAACACAGGCUAGCGCUCCGAAAGGCAUCCCCGCUCGCAAAGCUUUGCGAAACACUGCGCACGCAACGACACAACUACAAGCUCGAUUCCUCGCUGCUUUCCGUUGGGCUUGCGACGUCUCGCGGUGACGCCCUUUCUCAACUGGCGGGUCCGCGAAGAGGAGAAAAAGAAGGGAACCGACUUUCAAGCUAUUUCCGUCGCCAAGAGCUGGCACUUAUUUGCUCUCUUUCCUUUCUUCUUUGACAAAGUCCGCAGCGAUCCGCCUCUUCGAGAGAAGGGGGGAAUGCAGGAAUAGAGUCAUCUCUCACGACUUCGUCGGUCUCAGGCGAUCUCGUGAAGGGCGGAGGGAACUCCACGACAAACGAACGUACAACUACCCCCGCUGCAUCCACGCAAAGGUCAAGGCCGACGAUGCUCUCCAACAAUCCUUUGAAUCCCUUUAGGCGAAGGCAGAACCAGCCGUCGUCGCGAGGCAAGCAGAAUGGAGGCAUCACCAUUGCCGUGGCCGAUCCAAACGCGAGCCAGCGUGGCCAGGCUGGUGCAAGCGAGUAUCAGCGACGCCCAUCCAAGGCACCCCAGCUCGAUACAGCCAAUGCACUCCCGCCAGAAUCCGACUAUCGCACCUCGCUCAUCAUGCCCCACCUCACGCGCAGAUUCACCCUGCUCCGGGCCCCCGACGGAACGAUGGUGACGCCGGACGCCAUGCGCGCUCACCUGCGAGCCCAAAGGGCCAGGGCGAGAGCCGCUGGGGUACCGGGCAACCAAAACUUUCUCACAGAAGAAGAGGAAAACGAGAUCAUCGAUCAGCUGCGUAGACAGACUCGGCUCGAAAUGGACCAGGAUGAUGCACUGAGCGCGACUGCCAGCGAGUCUCAAUGGACCCGGUCAGGCUACGGAAGUGGAACCGACGGCUUCGGCGGCACCGGCGACUUUGGAGGCACCGACGGCUUCGGCGGUUGGGGAAGCCCUCGCUACGAAUCGUCUGUGCCCGGCAAGGUCGAUUCGUCGCUGGCAGAGACGUUGGGAAACUUGGGAAAAAGCGAAGAAGGAAACCUUUUCAGUGGAAGAUCCUCAAGGCGAGAUCAAGAAUACAUUGCCGGCGUCCACAAGGCGCGAGCGGCAAAGUCUCGCAACGCUCCCACCGCCGAAACUGGAAACUCUGAGACUAUGAGCGACUCAACGCAGCAGGGGGAGAGUCAAGAGCAGGAGGCAGUCGCUGGUCUGGGCAGCAGCAGCGGAAGCGAAGAAGCCAUGCCUGGUGAUUUCAUCUCGGCCUCGAGGAGAGGAUCAAGGCAGCCUUUAGACGAAAGAGCUACACCGCCUCGUCAGGAGCUCGCUCCUUCUCCUCAGCCCCAGCCUCGACUGCGUUCGCCCAAUCUGCUCGCUGCUCCUCAGAACGAGGGUGUUCGUGAAUCUCAGCUUCUCACAAACCUGAGUCCAGACGAUUUCCGCAGGGUCAGCACUGCCUUGGCAGAGGUGUAUGGCAUGGUAGCGGGUCGUGUUGACGAAGAGGUCUCGAGCGAAGAGGCAGAGGAAGAAGACGAAGAUGGAGUCGGCGAAGAGGAAGCGGAAGAGGAAGAGGACGAAGGCGAUACAGAAGACAGCACCAAUGGUCGGGCUCGUGUGCCAGCUGAUAAGGGAGGACAAACAGUUGAGGUGCUCAACAGUAAAGCCUCCCCGAGACAAGGACGAAGCGCCGGUCAUCGUCACAGCCUCAGCAGGGAAACUGCCAGCACGCGUCGGUCCGUCGACAGCGAUGAAAGAUCAUUCAUCUCUGCCCACUCCGAAAUGACGCCACUCAACUCAAACGGUCUCAUGGAUCUCGCGGAAGACGAACCUGGGGCUGCGAUCGGUAUUGGAGCUGCUGCCAUGGCUCAGGCUGACAGUAGCCAGACCAUCCAGGCCCUCUCAACACCUCGGCCUGCGUCUCCAUCCGACGCUCAGCUUGCCUACUUACGUUCGGACAGCGCCGCGCCUGCAACUUCGUCCGAUGGACGAGUCCGUGCAUCACCCAGUGCCGUCGUCGUCAGGCCUGAUGGGUCACGAGAUGCGGCUGGUGACUUGUCGAUGGAUCAGUCGAUGGACCAGUCGAUGACUACCGUUAGUUGCACUCGGUCUCCAAGCCUCACCAGCUCGAGGUCCAGCAUGAACUAUGUUGGCGGUUCUUCGCCGAGGCGUGAGAGCAACCAAGGUGUGGCUUCCAUCGACCCCGCAAACGGUCGGAUCAAGCUUGGACCCACGAGUCCAAACGCCAAGACGUUUGCGCUUCCGGGAUCGCCCUCAUCUCCCUCAGCCCAGCAUCAGCUAAGGGCACAGCAAUCAUUAAGCAGCAUCGGCGAGACACCUUCCCGAUCGCAGCUACGGCACGGAGGAGACGAGGUUGCUGGCCUUGGCAUUGCUGGCGGUGCUUCUGUCGCGGCUGCCAGUGCCUUGAGUGCUGCCUCCACGCCUCCUCCCGCCAAUGGGGCCCGAGCCAGACCGCCGCUCGGGCCUUCCGCUUCAGGAACCUCUGUGCUCUCGGCCGACGCCAUCGCCGCACGGUCCCAGCACUAUUUUCCCCAGGCCUCAAACAACACCUCAAUGCAGUCUGCGUACGCGGCCGGAUUCCGACCAGCCAACAUGGGCGUCAACACGAACGGCGCCGCCGCGACGAAGCCCACCGGUGCCAUUGAGUCGGUAGCCUCAACCAUGACCGCGUCCUCGCCGACGACGGAGCAGAACGACACGCCGGCAACCAGCCAAGUGGGAAGUGUAUACGCUCCCAAGCGAAGCAAUUCAAUCACUUCGCCGACAAGCGAGAAUGGCUUGUAUCCCGUACCUCCCCAGGAUCCCCUCAAGGCCGCACAGUGGCGCGAGAGGUACGGCGACAGGGUGGCCGACGCCGCCAGCGUUCGUAGCGGUCUCAGUGACCUUGCCGCUUCGGAAGACGAGCGGCAGGACGAGGACGACAUUUGGGCAAAGGUGGCGCGUGAUGCGAGAGAUGCAAACAAAGGUUCCCGAGGAGCGUCGAGCGCUCAGCAACCGGAAGAGGAGGGUCAAGUCGCGGCGGCGAGCAGCCUUGCCGGUGCAGGUAUCACCAUGGACCAGCUCGCCGAGAUUCAGAACAACUUGGUGAGAUCGGCAAGCCAAAAGACACUACCGCCCGUCCCGCAAGGUUCAAAUCGUGAAUCCUCUGUCGACCAAACCCCUCCUCCCCUCCCAACGUCACCUCCAAUGCCGCCAAUGGCUCAUCAGCGGGAGCUCUCGUACGACAAUGCUCCUGGAAGGUCUCCUUGGUCUGCCAAUCGGCCCAUGUCACCUGCAGGCACGCCCCAGACUAAACUUGAAAAGGCGCGAGAGCGCGCAAGAAUGGUGGCGGAGAGACAGGCAUCGGGCGAUUACCACCUCAGUCCUCGUACUUCCGUGGACGCUUUCAGGGGCAAUGCUUCCGAGGGCAGUCCUUUCAAUCACGCUGCUCCGUCUUCCAGUCCGUCUUUGGCUUCGGUUACUGGCAACGGCGCCAAUGGCAAAAUCCCAACUACGGGUGGGGCUAGUGCCAGUCUUGCUCCCUCAAGCUCCCAGCGAUCGUUCCGGUCACAGGUCAUGUACGAUGUCACGUCGAGCCAUCGCCCUACGUCACCACCUCCUCGAGCGAAGACCUCGGUUACAAACCUGCCGUCGCUCCAAGACUUGUCGUUGGGCCAUCUAGCUGCAGGCUCCCCACCGUCCGAGGGUGUACAGAACAAUUUGGAUGUGGAGACGAACCGCAACUCGUCGUCGUUGGCUUCUCUGGUCGAAGCGACUACACUGGCGCAAGGGUCAUUGGCCGAGCAGGCCGCUGAUGGAGGCAACUACAGCGGCAUUUACAACAUUCCAACCAUGCUCGCACCUCAGCAAGACGUGAUCCCCGAGGAGAGCUACGAUGAGGGAUUCAACUAUGAGGAGCGCCGUAUCUCGGACGGAUUCGGUGGCUUCACGAUCGAACGGCGACCAGUCGUCAAGAGCCAGUCUCAUGAUAUUCUCUCCAACUCAAAAAGUCUCGCAUCACCGGCGACACCCGCUACGCAGGCCAACUCAGACCCUGGUAUGGACGAUGCGCCCAGGAAUUGGUCCGAGGGUCCAAACCAAGAGGCCUUUGUCAAUGCCGAUCUCAUCGAUGACGUCGCUGCCCAGGCUCGCAAUGCCACCCGUGCUCUCAAGGGGCCUGAGGGCAGUGUUGGCAGCGGCAAGCCGAUGAUGCCCCGCUCAAAAUCCUUCAGUGGCAAGUCAAAGAAGAAGCUCACCAAGUACGUCUCCCGGCCGCAGCUGCUGUCGACAUCACAGCGCAUGGAUCAUGCCCGUAACGUUCCAAAGGUCGAUUCAACGCUUUCGAGGAAGCAAGGCGCUAAGGAGAUGGAUGCGUUUAUUAUGCAGCAACAGCAGCAGCGUCUUCAGGAGCGGCAGGCCCCCUCACGUUCCGGCUCCAAGUCGCCAGGUAGCACCCUAGCGUUUCCGACAGACUAUAAGAGUGAGACGAAGCCGGUCAACAAGGCUCCAAUGACGCAUCGCCGUCGUUCGAGCUCCUUUGGUCACGAGGGCCAGCUCGAAGCGUGGGACGAUGUGGUGGCCAGUGGCGGCGCGGGACCUCGCACACCCAACUACGAUCGGGUUGCAGACAUGCAGAGCCCUGCGACGGGAGGCCAGGUGUCGAGGUCAGCGUCGUUACAGUCACCGCGCAAUGCACCGGACACGCCUCGAAGCGACAAGUCGGUCGGUAGCAUCGGCCGCUUCAUGUCGAGAAUGAGGUCCAAGAAGCACUCGGACCUCAGUACAAACGAUGGCACAGUCGAUCCAUUCCCCACGACCGUGGCCGCUGCACGAUCGUCGCCAGCCCUGUCGCAACCGAGCAAAUCGCCGCGGAUCGAAGGUGGCUCCACUGCGACGGCGACAUCGCCUCCACACGCUCCUCUGCGAAAGCUCUCGUCAGGCGCUUCACGGACACAGUUGCCCCGCUCCGACUCGGGAGCGACUCCGCUGUCCAACAUAUUUGCCCAGGACGUCAUGCCGCCGCCGAGAAAGUCUUCCACCUCAAAGAACACAACAGCAGCGACGAAAGCGCCAGAGCCUAGUGGUCUUGGCUCACCAGCUCUUAUUCAGGAUGGCUGGGCCUCACAAGCGCCUACCUCUGCCUUGAGCGCACCCAAGGAUCAGCAGACAUCCCUUGCUGCCACGGAAAGGGGGCCAUCCCCGCGCCCCAAUGCUGAGACCCUACGCGCGCGAGAGGAGGAGAGGAAAUCGUUGAGAAACACCAUCGUCCGACGGACGAUCAUCGUUCCCACAUUGGACAUCAACGAUGAGCGCCGUAGGUCAGUCAUGUCGACGACUUCGUCGAAGCGCAAGUCGCGCAAAAUUGUCUCCCAGGAGCCCGAGCCCAAGCUACCCGCGCGUGCCUCUCAGCAUGUGGUUCAGGCAGGCAGCAAUCCCCACACUCGCACCAAUUCCGUCUCCUCCUCUAGUGGUCGCAGAUCGAUUCAGGACCGGCCAGCUACUCCUCCGGGACGCGAUGGUGUCAGUGGAGUGCACCGACGCAAACUCUCGCAGGAUGUUCCUGCGGACAAGCCGGUGCCUCCCAUUCCUCGGCUCGGACAGACGCCUUCGCAGCUCAAGCCUCCCUCCUCGCCACAUGCGGACGCGAAUCGGCAAAGCCGUGCGCAGAGUUCGUACGCCGGCAGUCUCUACGACAUGUACAUCGAUGGUGAGGACGAGGCAAGACCGAGCAUUGAUGCACAGGGAUCCAGGCAAGGUGGUAUGUUGUCGCCAAGCUCUGGCGGCGGGGAUGGCGGUGCCAGCGGCCCGAGGAACCACAUCGAGGUGACCGAACGAGCCGAUGGAAGCAUCGUCUGGCAAGUCAUCGCCGGCCUGGCCGACCGGUCGAGCAUGUACACGCGCAGCUCGAUCGGCCUGGGACCUGGACACAGUCGAACGCCGAGCGAGGCGAGCAACUUCUCGUGGCGACCCAACGUCCGAGACAGCAGCGGUGCAGCUACUCCUCUGCGUGACUCAAUGAUCGAUGCUACUACAGCCACGCCCAAUCGCGGAUUCGCCAACGAGGAUGGACGAAGCCUGUUUGCAAAGACAAAGGGUAAGCAUCGAAAGAGCUUCUCCUACGAUGGGAAUGCGCCGCCGCCCAUGCCUGGCUUGCCCGAGACGUCGCCCUUGGUGGCUCAAGGCCCCGAGGAAUCGGGGAGCCUUCAGCAGCAGCAGCAGCAGCAGCAGCAGCGACGGCAGCAACAAGGAAGCUCGUCUGACGUUGUCGAAGACGACGAUGCCGACGACGAGCGCUCCCUUGACGACACCGACAUGCCCCCUUUGCCCGCCGGAAUGGGCUCCCACAAUCCCAAUGAGGGUCACACCCGGACAUCGUCUUCGCAGCAGCAGCAGAUUGGCUUUGAAAUGGCCACUCCCACGGGCGAUGCGGCCACUAGGAUCGUCUACACGUCAGACGCUGAUCUGGCUGCGAUGCUGGAGCUCUUGGCGGGACCGGACAAAUCAAGCGCAAAGUUCGAGUUCCAACGUGCGGACUCUUCCGGACCGAUUAACUCAAGCGAAUUGGACGAGUCGCAACAACAGCAGCGUCAGCAACUCUUGCAGCAACCUUCUUCGCAGAACAAAGCAAGGCCGACGAGUAUCUCGACAACGGGUGAGGCAAGCAUGGACUCUCAGACGCAGGACGUUCGCAAGCACCGGCAAAAGGUCGAGGCGGAAAUCUAUUCUCUGCUGCAGCGGGACGGCCAUACACAUGAUCAGGCUUUCUUGGCCGCUCAACAGCAUGCUGCCUCGGUUGUGCCACUCCAGUAAAUAUAGCCCUGAACCUUCCAUCUCAUUCAUACACAAGUCCCAUCUUCCGCUUUAUCUCCUCCGACGCGCUCCUCUGUAUCAUAGCUAUCCGACCGUCCGAAUGAUGAACUAUUGAUGUUGACGCC